UGUGACAACGAGGUUGGGUAGAAGCGGAAUAGCGGGCGCAGUCCCAAUACGCGAGCUUCAUUUUUGAGUCCUCAUCAGCGCAAGCCUGCAAGUGUGUAUGGACACCCCGGUGGCACAGCAUCUCGCAGAUGCCACGUCCGAUGACGAGGAGCCUAUCCCUAACCACUUCCCGACCAGCCAGGACCACCCCGGUAGAUAUCGUGCCCGCUUCCCCGAUUCAGACUCGGAUGACUCCGACUCAGAGCCCGACAGCAUCCCGGACAGGCGCCGGGACGAGUACUCAAGACGCAUUCGCCACCGCAGAGAGCCAACCGGCUCCAGAGGGCAACGGCUCUUUACGACGGCCGACCCGCCUACACGCCGUGACUUCCGCAACGCCCUACUUUUUGUCGACCGAGCCAGCCGAUCCUCCCGUUUCUUCGGCACCCGUGACGUCGUGGAGGUGCGACUGUUGGAAAACUUUUUGCAAGUGUGGGACAGCCAGCCACCACUCAGAGCAUCAGCCAAGUUGCGCAUUUUUGACCGGAUCCGGUUACUCUACCACGUCGCCCUGUCCGGUUGGCAAACCGCUCUCCAAGGUUACGCUGACCCGAGUGCAUCCUUCCUCCUCGGAGCACCGCUCCCACCUCCACCCCAGUCCGCCGCAGCGGAUCACUCCAGCCGAUUCUCAGCCAGAGGAAGAGGAGCAGCCGUCGCACCCAGAGGCAGAUGAGGCCGACCUCAGAUGAGGCCGACCUCCCCCGAAGGUCGCCAAGGACACGGAGCCCCAGGUAUAGACUCUUCGCAUCGCCAGU